UUGUAAGUUUGGAUACUAGGGGGCACCACGUUUCUGCUGUCAAUAAUUGCGAUAAAAACAAACGCCGAGCCGCCGAUUGUGUUAUUAUUCCUUAACAUUUUCAUUAUUAAUUGCUCUGAAAGCAAAAGUAAUCCCGAUAAAGAUUUUAAAAGAUGGAUUUGGAUUCGUCACCUGAUAAGAAACAUCGCCAUCACAAGAAACAUAAACACAAGAAACACAAGAAACAUCGUAAAGGCAUCAAAGAAAUGAGUGAAGCCGAAGAGGGUAGCACAGAACAAGAGAUUGAACUCGAUCAGAUUGAGUACAGCAUGGAUAUGAUCCACGAAGAAGCUGUAACGAUCCCGGCAGAAGAACAUUUUCUCAUGGAUGCUGAGCACUGUGAGGGUGCCCUUGAAGUCAUUGAAGAGCUCGUAGAGAUUGACGUAAAUGACAUUAGUACCAUCAACAUGGAAGAAAUGGCAUUGGAAAACUAUGGCCAAGUAGACUAUGAUGAAUUAGAUGUGGUUGAUGUGGAUGGUGUAGAUGAAGAAAUCCUUGAAGACAUUGAAGAAGACUUACUAGAUGAUGUUGAAGAAUCUGAAGAUGAAGAUUUGGAAGAAGAAGAACAAGAAGAAGAUGAUGAAGAAGAAGAGCAGGAACCUAUAGACAACACACCAGAAAAACCCAAACCAGUGGAAGAUUCAUCCAGAAAGAGAGUGAGAGAUCGUUCAAAGAGAACAAGAGAUGAUGGAGAAGGAUCAAGUGGAGAAGAGGCAUGGCUCAAGGCUUUAGAAUCAGGGAAAUUAGAAGAGGUUGACGAUGAACUCAAGAAGAUCAAGAACCCCAAGUUGAUGACUGUUCGCCAACGCGCGCUCUUAGAGCGGAAAGGAGAAUUGCAGAACGAAGAAAUCAUCAAAGAGGAACUAGUAGCUCUGCCAACAGGUUACAAGGAAACCGUGAUGACGGAAGAGUUACUGAAAAAGAAAGCCAUUAAAUCCGAACGACGACGGGAAGUGGCUGCUCAAAAAAGAGAAAAGGAAAAGAAACGAACCAUCGAUCGCCUUCUCUUGAAGAAGGAAAGUAAACUGAACAAAUCCUGUGCUGCGAGUAUUUCGGCUUCAACUUCAUCAGCCUCUGUUUCCGUCCCCAGUCACGUCUCUUCCUACACGUGGAAACAAACACAAGACGGGGAGAUAACAUUUAGUGUACCUAUUGGAGCUGCUUUUCCAUUGGCCCCACAGAGUGUCAAAGAACCACCUGCUCGAGUCAACUGUGGAGUGCAAGGAUGCACUAAUGUCAAGCGCUACUCAUGUUCCAAGACGGCAGUGCCACUCUGUAGUAUCCAAUGUUACCGAAAGAAUAUGACACUGCACAGAAUAUCAUGAUGAUGCGUCUAACAUAACCAAAAUAAAAA